GAAUAACAGAAGACUCUUGAUAGCAGCUGAAUUUCAUUUAUUACAUUCAGUGGAAAAAGACAGUUAAAAACAUCACAAGUUGACACAAAAUACUGUCAGCUUCAGCAAAGUAUUAAAGCAAGUUUCAAGAUGCUGCAUAUUUGUACUAAGAGGUCAUGUUUUUAUGAAAAUGAAAGUUAUAUGAUUUUGCCUUCAAAAAAUGAUUAGUGGGUCAUAUCCUAAAAAAAAUAAAAGUGAUUUGGGUUUUCAAACCUGCACCAUUGUCUUACAAUGAGUAAGUUCGUAGCUGGUCACGUGACCAAAAUGUGAUUUUUAAAAUUACGAAUUACUUCUUUCUGAACACAAAUUUUGCAGUUACACUUCAAGGAAAAUGUUGAAAAAAGGAUGUGGCAACGUUUACAGCACAUCUGAGCGUAACUAUCAAACGUUUAACAAGAUGUAAGCAAAAAGUAGUUUUGGCCGCCAUGUUGGAGGGCAAGAGUAUGCCCUCCAACAUGACGGCCAAUACAAAUCAUACUACUUUGUUGAAAAAUCAAAGUGCCAUAAAAUAUCUCCCUUAAAUGCUUUUCCUCUCAAAUUUCACAUGUAAGAUAAUUUUUAUGUGCUCUGUCAAUUUUUGGCAUCAGCAGGACUCCAACUAUUUGUUUAAGGGAAGUAUUGGUCACGUGACCUCUUAGUGCAAGUGGCCUAUUUUUCGCAUCAACUCGCCUGUCAAAUUUUGACCAAUCAGAGAAUAAACAUUGGACGUAGAGCGUGACCAACGCGUGACCUUGGAUAGAAAAGUCAAAAGCAACUGGCAUGUCUUCCCUGCCUGUAAAAACUGGCUGAAUUUUAGCUUCCGAGGUCAGUUUGAAAUCAACAUUUUGAUUGUGCGGCACAUACAAAACACAACAGAUUUCAUAUGAAUUUAAAAAAAUAAACUUGAGCCUGCGAUCAUUUGAAAACUAGUAACUUGUCAGCGGAUAACUGCAAAAAGAUAUUCGACCUCGAUGGGUCGACACCUGAGCACGCGAUACGGUCAGGUGAUACUGGUCAGCGGAUCCCCUUUUUGACAGCUGUCAAUUGAUCACAACAUUGAUGUGCAAUAGAAAUAUGGCUAGAAAGUGUGAGGAUUAAACGCUGGUUGCCCUGUGGUGCGAACAGACGGGCGGGCGGGCGGUGUACGGUCACGUGAUUACCAAAUUUUCUGGGAUGGGUAGAUUUACUUACCCAGGGUGCUCCGCAGGCGCGCUUCGCGCGCCAGAGCUCCGCUGUUACCAAUAUAUUAUGUCAACAACUUAUUUUACACAUUCAUUUUAAUGCGCUUUUUUUGGUCGAUGCUGAUUUUCUCCAUUCAUCAUUACUUUUAACAGCGCAAGAUCUCGUUUGUCCUCCGUUGGAAAGAAAGGAAAGAAAGGGAAAAGGAAGAAAAGUGGCAAGAAAAAAGAACCUCCACCUCCUCCACCAGUUGGCCCAUGGAUCCAGAAACUUCACUUGUUAGACAAUGGUAUUGAUGCGCAAGGAGUGGGGUCCACCUUGGGACCUGUUAUGUGCAUGAAAAUGUUCAGAAAGUUAGUUGCUCAUCUUCAUAUGCCAAGUAUUUUUUCGAAGAAAAUUACGAAUGUUUUUUACAUAGGAAUUAACUUUGUUUUAUCAACACGUCAUUCUUUUGACAAUUCUUUAGAUUGAUAACACACUCAGAGACCUUACAAGAACUCGAUUUAGAUGAUAAUCUGAUAGGUGACCUGGGAGGAAGAGAGGUUCUUGAAGCGCUGAUGGACAGAAAGGAAGGUCGGUUAUCUUCUAUUUUGUGAUAGACACGUGGAUAAGUAGCUUGACAACAUUUCUUCUAUUCACAUAUUUUGGGGCAUACGAAAACCUAAGUUACUCCUUUGAGAAGGUUACAAAGACCAUCCAUUCACAUCGUUGCAAGCUGUUUUGCGUGACUAAUUCGGGCCCUUCACGCAUCUUCCCUAAUCUCUCAGGAAGACCUGAUACUCAGGCUAUUCUGUUCAGAAGGUUCAGAAGAGCAAUGCAUCUGGACAAGCCAAGGGAAAGUACUAUUUUGAAUGAUGUACAUAGACUGUUCUUCUUGCCCCACUGCUUUUGCUGCUCCCCAGCAUAGCGUUUUUGUACCACGUGUCCAAGAGUUUGCUGUUUGAUUUUACCGUUAAUGUUUUUGUUUUGUUUUUACUUUUUCCCCUUUCCUUUUUAUUACCAGCCGGACUUAAUAAUUUAAAGGUCAAUGUGACUCAUCGCAUGAAUUCAACAACGUUUGCUGCCAUUAUCAAGCUAGGAUCAGGCCUAAAAAAGAAGGCUAAGAAAAAGAAAGGGAAGCCAGGAAAGGUACGCAUCCAACUGAGUAAUUACAAUAGUUACCCAUAAUACUCCUUGUUUUCGCCCCAAAAUUGCGCAAAAGGGUUGUUUUCAGUGUCUUUUGGGUAUUAUAGUCGUCCUAAAAGAAAGCUAUUAAGUAUUUUCGAAUCUCCGUAGUACACUCUGUUUUCCAUAGUACGCUCUGUUUUCCACAAGUUAUUGUUUUUUUUCUUUUUUCUUUUUUGGAAGGUAUGUCUUAGCAUGGGAAUUUGGUUUCCCCCUACUACCGUCCUGUUAACCGUUUUUGUAUUUUUGUUCGAUUGUAUAUGUUAGUAUUAGUUCAUUUGUAUCAGUUAUGUAUGGUUACGAACUGUGAUUAAAGAUUAAAAGCACUUGGGAAUAUGUAGUCCUCCAACGAGCAUUUGAAUUUAGGGGGUAAGCCGAGUGUAUUAUCGGGGAUUCAAAAAUAGGGAAUUCAAUUUGAGGUUACCGCCUCUAAGGCAGUUCACCUCUCCGUCACCGGGCAUGUACGUCCGUGGCCUUUCAGAUUGCUUUCAAAGCAAUUUCACGCGAAGUGAGACCUAUACACCUCGAGUUCAUUCCGCUAGAUUACAAAUGUUAACAAGUAAAGGUUUUGAACUGGCGGUCAGUUGCCAAGUUGUAGACCUAGUAAAUUUUUGCUACCACAUACAAAUCGAAAAUGUGUGAUCUUACGUGGGCAGCCAUUUAAGUCAUAACCAAAGGUUUCAGCCAGUCCGCUGAUAGUCGAAACGUAGGAAUUGUAGACUCGUUUUCCAUGUGGCUUGUUUGGCAGUCGUGACGCUUUUUGGAUAAAAACAACUGUUUUUAUGACUCAAACUUUUCUAGCAGAGCAGGAGUGCUCCACCAAUCGGGGAUACGUUAAAUCAAAGUGA